AUGUUGCUUAAUAAACGGUUUAUCCGGCUCUCAGCCGGAAUCGUAGCACUGGUGUUCAUCUUAGGGUUCACGCUCCACGCAGCACGCGAGACGCAAACUCUGAAGGGCGCCUCUCAGAUGUUCGAUAGCUACCGUACCGAUCUCCAAGGAUACAUCACAAAGACGGCCAGCAAGAACAAGAAAAUGACCGCUGAGGAGGUGAAGCAGGCCCUGACUUUCAAAAAUGGUGCGUUCCCUGAGGGAACUCCUAAAGAGACGAUUGUGGAGGAGCAAAUGAAGUUCCACAGAGAGGUGUUGAGCAAGAAGAUCGACGAGCCGAAGGGCAUGAAGCUGGUGCACAAGCAGGACGGCGACACCAGCUACGAGCUGGCCAACGCGACUCUGUUGUCUCUCGUGAGAAACUCCGAACUGGAGGGCAUCGUCUCGUCGAUCAGACAGCUGGAGGAGACCUGGAACUGGCGUUACAACUAUCCGUUCACGUUCAUCAACGACGAGGAGUUCACUCCAGAGUUCAAGAAACGCGUGGAGGAGGUGUGUUCCGGCAAGGUGUACUACGAAAUCAUCCCCAAGUCGAUUUGGGAGAAGCCAGCGAACAUCGACCCUGUUCUCUACAAGAACGGCAUUGCCAAGCUGACUGCGAACAAAGUGAACUACGCCAGUCUCGAGAGCUAUCACAACAUGUGUCGGUUCAACUCUGGCUGGUUCUACAGACUGGAGGGCCUGAAGAAGUUCAAAUACUACUGGAGAGUCGAGCCCAACGUGAACUUCUUCUGUAAGGUGGACUACGACGUGUUCAAAUUCAUGAGAGACAACGAGCUGACGUACGGCUUCACUGUGAGCUUGUACGACGAGCCUUUGACGAUCGAGACCCUGUGGAAGACCACUGUUGACUUCUGUCUUGCCCAUCCCGAGUAUGUGCAUCCGAACGGUGCGUUCAAGUGGCUGACAGAGAACCAGCAGAACCCUCAUAACACCAACGGGGCAGGCGGAUACUCGACGUGCCAUUUCUGGUCGAACUUCGAGAUUGCAGAUAUGGACUUCUACAGAGGAGAGGCGUACUCGAAGUGGUUCGACGCUCUGGAGGCCGCUGGUGGAUUCUACUACGAGAGAUGGGGAGACGCCCCCGUGCACUCUGUGGGAGUCGGGCUGUUCGAGGACAAGAGCAAGGUGUGGUGGUUCAGAGACAUUGGCUACCACCACUCGCCAUACGAGAACUCGCCUAACAGCGACAAGUGCUCCACGGACCACGAGCCAGGGUACUUUGCGCCUCCCGACGUGUACGACCAGAACUGUCUGCCAAACUGGAUCAAGUACUCGAUGACCGAGAAGCAGCUGAAUAUGUACUGA